UUUUCCUUAAGAAAUAUUUAAAAAUCGAAAAAAAAAAAUCUUAAUUUGAUCUGACUAUGUUAUGCACUAGUGUACGUCUUGCAUUUGACCACUGACAGGAUGGGGAUCAUCGGAAAAUUGAGUCCAGACAAGCUUAACUUCUUCAACUCUCAAGGUUAUGUUGUGAUCGAAUCAUUUGCAAGUAAUGAAGAAAUUGAAGCCAUGAGAACCCAAAUGGACCAUUUGCUUCAAAGCUUUGACUUGUCUUCUUCCUCCUCCGUUUUCUCAACCAAGAACCAGCAAAAGGUGACUGAUGAUUACUUCUAUGAGAGUGCUGAGAAGAUUUCCUUUUUCUUUGAAGAGAAAGCUUUUGGGGAUGAUGGAAACUUAAAGCAACCAAAAGAACUCUCCAUUAAUAAAGUUGGGCAUGCAUUACAUGAGAUUGAUCCAGUUUUCAAAAAUCUUUCUUGUUCUGAGAAAGUAUCAGAUUUGCUGCGCUCUUUGGGUUAUAAAAGGCCUGUAAUUAUUCAAUCUAUGUACAUAUUUAAGCAACCAGGCAUUGGAGGUGAAGUUGUCCCUCACCAGGAUAACUCAUUUCUUUAUACCGAACCAACAACUUGCACAGGGUUGUGGCUUGCUCUAGAAGAUGCAACAAUAACAAAUGGUUGCCUUUGGGCCAUUCCUGGAUCUCAUAAGAAUGGCCUUGUUAGAAGGUUCCUGAGGGGUGAAGAGGGGGUUUACUUUGAUCGGCCUUCUCCUUCCUAUGACCAAAAGGAUUUUGUGCCUGUUGAAGUGAAAGCUGGAUCUUUAGUUGUCAUUCAUGGUGACCUUAUUCAUCAGAGUUUUGAAAAUCAGUCCUCAAAAUCAAGGCAUGCAUACAGUUUGCACGUGGUUGAUACUGAUGGUUGCAAAUGGGCUCAGGAGAAUUGGAUCAGAAGAAAAGUGCAACCUGAACCUCUCUAUGUAUCUUCACCUACCCAAUAAUCACUUAUACAAAAGGCUGCCAUAUGCAUCUCAAGUGAAAUUCGUUAAUGCUUGGUUGUAGCAUAAUAACUGUUGGUAUGUGUUUCAUAGGUUUCAAGUUCCUAAUCAAUUAAAAGAAAGAAUGUAGAAAUGUUUAUUUUAUGGUUGUGACAUCUGCCUCAUUUCAUCUGUGUAGCCAUUGAUAAUUGGUUUGUAUCAUUUCUCUUUUCUUCUGUAGAAACUUCUUGCAUGUACAAGUACUUUGAUGUUCAAAUAUCUGUCUUCAAUUGAUGUACAUUUCAUA